AUGUCUGACAAGCCAGUCGAAGAAGUUCCAGCAGCCGUUGAAGCUGAAGUUGAAGCCCCAGUUGAGGAGACUGCCCAGGAGACCGAGGCCACCACCUCUGAAGCCGUUCAGGCCACUGAGGCUGAGACCAACAAGGUCGAGGAGGAGAGCCCUGUCAAGAAGGUUGUUGAGGAGUUGAAGGGUUACAAGAAGUACCUUGCUAAGGUCAAGACCCUGGCCAAGAAGAUUGCUGCUUAA